CUCCGGGACACAACGGACGUCAGCCGGCGGGACAUGGGAGGAUGGAGCCGGGGGGCGACUCAGAGACCCGGAGACUGGUGGGGAGCAGCGCCCGGAGCAGCCUCAGGAUGCCCCGUCUUUUCACAGAGAGCAAGGAGGUGUUCCCAGGAUUACCCUUCCAGAACGGGGGUUCGGCAGGGUCCAUUGAGUUGGAGAGAUCUGUGUCCCGACACUGCCAUGGACCAAGCCUCUCCUCAGUCAGCCAGCAGAAGCUGCAGGCUCGCAGGAAGCUGUACUUUGCCUGUGGAGUGUGUUUCCUCUUCAUGAUUGGGGAGGUUGUAGGGGGGUAUAUUGCUCAUAGUUUGGCCAUCAUGACAGAUGCAGCUCAUCUCCUGACUGAUCUGGGCAGUAUGUGCGUCAGCAUCUUCUCCUUGUGGAUCUCAACCCGACCACCAACGAAGACCAUGACGUUUGGCUGGCACCGCUCAGAGAUCCUGGGAGCUCUGGCUUCCGUCCUCUCCAUCUGGAUUGUAACUGGUAUUCUGCUCUACCUGGCCACCGCUCGGAUCAUCAACAACGACUAUGACAUCGAUGGGCAUGUUAUGCUGAUCACAUCCGGCUGCGCCGUUCUGGUCAACGUCAUCAUGGCCUACAUCCUCCACCAAUCCACCACCUUCCAUGGGCACUCUCACAGCUUGGGGUAUGAGAAGAUUGGAGAUAGUCCGACUGGUGGUCUCUCUCUGCAGCUGGGACCCCACUGCAACACAAGUGUCCGGGCAGCGUUCAUCCACGUGAUUGGGGACCUUUUGCAGAGCUUUGGUGUUAUGGUGGCCGCCAUUGUAAUUUACUUCAAGCCAGAAUACAAGAUAGCGGACCCUGUGUGUACCUUCCUCUUCUCCAUCUUUGUAUUGGGAACCACUGCCACCAUCUUACGUGAUGUCUUCUGGGUGCUGAUGGAAGGUACACCACGGAGCAUCGCGUACAGCGCAGUAGUGGAAGUCCUCAUGACAGUACAAGGGGUUCGGUCUGUGCACAGUCUGCGGCUUUGGGCUCUGACCCUGAGUCAGAACGUGGUAUCCGUUCACCUGGCAGUCGAUGACACAUGCGAAGCUGAUGCCAUUCUCCGAGAGGCCACGGAACUCCUGCAGACAAAGUUUGAGCUCUUCAGUAGUACAAUCCAGGUGGAGAAAUAUCUGGAUGAUAUGGAAGUAUGUCCACAGUGCCAGGAACCCACUGGAUAAACAAAAUGCCUUCUCCAAAGUUACCCAUCUGUCACCCAGAGUGGAACCAGAGAUUGCUUGGUGAAGGUGCAGACACAUUGGUUUCAGAUCAUUUGUCCAUUGUCUAUUGUUUUCUCAACAUGACUUAUGAUCAUCUCUCUGUGGCAUGUAGAUAACUCAACAUACCAAGCACUCGUUUCCUUGCAUCACAUGAAUAAUGGAGCAAAUAUGCCCUUUGGCUAUUUGCUUACUAGCAAUGAGGACCAAACAGUUCAACUCCAUGAACAUACAUCAUCCUGAGCAAAGCUCUUGGACGCUGCAUCCUCUGUCCAUCACUAGAAGGAGAGACAAAUUGUCACCAGUGGUGAAACGCGUGUGUCAUAGAUCCUACCAGCAUGGUGGCAGGUCAGCGAUGCAUUCUGGGUAAUAAGAGACCGCUUGGUGUAGUUACAAAUGAAUUUUUGAUCCUACAGGGAGGCAGAAAGAGCCACCUAAUGGCUCCAGAACCAAUUGCGUGAAUACCCAGCAGCUUAUCCUUCAGGAGAACCCCACAGGAAAAUACUACACACAACAUUAAUCUUUCUAUCCACAUUACAUCAUAGAUGUGCCAACUUGGUGCCACCAUGCUGCCGCAAUACAACAGGCUGCGGGAUCGGCUCCUUGGUCCGGUGAUUGUAGCAUCUGGGUUAUAUCUUAGAGGUCAUAGAAGUUGGAUGGGGUUAAUACAUUUAGGAUUAUGUCUUAAUUUCAGCACUGGAGAACCUAACUGAGCUCUGGUUACCCACCAAGUGCGCCUCU